ACUAGAAUCACGCAACGACACGCACAUUAUGCGAAUGUGUUGAGAACACAAGCUACGUCAAAACACUAGCAUAAAUUCAAGCCCAAAAUAGAAAAGAGUCAUCAUUUCAACAUGGCGCCAAAAAAAGCUGCUGCCGCUGCUGACAACACGUCGGGUGGCAAGGAGGACAAGAAAGAGCAGCCAAAAAAGAAGCCACCAAUGAGGAAAGUGAACUUCGUGGAUCUUCUUAUGUCCGUCAUGAUUGAUGUUCCACGUAUAAGCAUAAGGAUUUAUGCUCAUUUCAUCUACUUCUAGCUUCUACUUUUCCCUUUGCCCCGAGAGGGCAAGGGAUCAAAGCUAGUAGAUGAAGAACAAGGACGAUGCUGAUGGAUGGACAAUGAAUCAUAGCUAGCACCCUCUAGCUCUAACAUUCCCGAAGAAGAGGAGGAGGAAGAAGCACCCACGACAACUACUAUUAAGGGUUACCGCGUUGCAUUCUUCACUACAACCAUCUUCCUUCACUUUUUUUCCAGUAGGAAGAGGGUCAGGGAUCAAAUCUGAAGAAUGCAAUGUCGCAACCUCUAAAAAUACUACGAAAAUGAAGGCUGCACCGAUGAAGAGAUCUGCUGCUAGUGCCUCUUCAGCUGGAGAAGAUGGUGGAUUCGACGAUGAAAAAGACAAGAAUUAUGCUCUACUAAAAAGUUGAUCAUGUUGUACGUAGUUCAUGACUUCCUUAUUCUUAGUAAGCCCCCUCACAAGCUGCCCUAAAAAAGCAGGUAGUUCAAGAACUUCAACUUCUGCCCAACAAAGCUCCAACUCCAUCAACUUUUUCUAUGAAAAAGCAACUAAAUAAACUACUUACAACUAGUAAAACUACUUCCAACUAAAACUACUUACAAGUAAAACUAAAAGGAACCCCAAAGCAACAGCCCUGUGCUCAACAUCUAAAGAAAAUCAUCCUCCGAGAACAAGAAGUCUUCCUCUUCAGAGAAAGUAGUUACGACUUUGGCAGUUCCUAAACAGACGCUAGCGAAGGCUAUGAAAAACAUUGCACCUUUGGAAACGUUUCCGGAGGAUACUAAGGGUCUCGACUUCCUGAAGUUGGCUCCGAAAACUUUCCAGGAAUGGAAGGUAAGCAGGAUGCUUUUUUUUUGCUAACAUCGUUCGAUCUUUGGUCGUCGACAGGACGAGGAGCGAAGAUAUUAUCUUGUAUUUGAUAAAUGUGGGCUUCUAGCUGAGGUUCUGGUACUAGGACCUCCUCAGAAGACAUCUUCUUCAUGUUGUAAGUACUUAUGCAAGGGCCGCCUUUACACUCUUUCCUUUUUGCCACUCCCACACCACAGCUCGCCAAAAAGCCUCCUGGUCGUCGCUUUGUACCGCAAUCCCUGCAGGCCAAAUUCGGUGAUGAUCAUCCACCUACCAUGGAACUGGCCACUGAAAAUGGGAUUUGCGAUGUACCGCCUCCGGGUACGCAGAUCCGUACGGGACUGCAGCUGAGAGGAAUUUAUGGAAAAGGUCGCAGGUCUCGAUGCCAUACUUAUAGUACUUAUAGAUACUUAUAUAUAAGUGGAAUGCGAAUGAGCACAUGAUUCUUUCUCUGUACUAUUGCUAUCUCUACGAGACUGUCUAAGGCGAGUGGAAAGAGCACAUUCGCGAAUGGCAGAAUCGUGUUUGUGCUGGCGAGAGGGACUUAGCUUUUCCUCUCGCACCUUGGCUGGCUCCCGACACCUAUGAUUGGGACUAUUUGCGGUUUUUGUCUCGACAUGGUGGUGGUGGAAGAAAAGAGGAAUUCUUUGGUGAGAUCCGCGAUAUCUGUCGCUCUGACUAUCGUCAGAUUGGUAGACAGCUGACGUGGCUUGAGAGGGAGAAUAAAACGGAGACGCGCCAGGCGAGAUUAGACCAUAGAUUUAAUCGGAAAUUCACGGAGAGUGCGAAGAAGGUAGUCAUGUUGUGACUUGAAGCUACUUUCAAUUUUAGACCUAGCUGUGUCUUCGUAGGUCGGCUUCGGACAUUAUCGUCUUUGACAAAUUGUCAGCAUUCCGUACUUCUUUUGAUUCUCCUUCAUUCACUUCCAGUUCCAUUUCGCCUCAUUAUGAGCCUCUACAGACUGACAAUGACAUUAGUUACAAUGACAUUACUUCACUCAUCACCUCUUCCCCGCCACAUCUCAACAGGCUCACACUUGGAUGCGAGAAGCGUGUGGACGCAAGGAUUUGCAGUCUCUAGAAUUGCUCAUGAUGAUGCCGUUGCCGACACGGUUAAAUCGGGUGGACGCCUUUGAGCCGCUUCCAGACACCUCACCGAUUCAUUUGCUCCUCGAAGAUGUUUAUCCCUGAUAUGGCUGGUUCUUUGUCAACAUCUUCGUCUAAGUCCAUGAUCUAGUUUGUUUUUAAAAUGUUCAAGGGGAACAAGGAAGUUUUACUUGUUUCAGUUUGUUGUACCUUCGCGUUUCUAGUUUCUUAUCAGUCAAGAGUCCCUACCAUCUUCGCUAAUCUCCGCGUGCAGCCGGCAAUCCGAAAUAUGCAGGCUUACCACUUCCGGAGCACGAAUGCGUCAUGAUCGUUUUGGAGUGCUACAAAUAUGAGCAGGCGAACAGCGUGGACUUGGAAAAUGGAGCUUCAAUUCUGCACAAAGCGGUUGAGCGCGAAUACCGAGUACGCAGUGACUUGUCGACAAUCAAAUUCAUCGUGGCGCAUCCGAGAUUCAAUUAUGACAGUAGAACGAAAGUAGUUUGUUGUUGUUGAGCAAUAUAGAAGGAAGCACUGGUGGCCUAUAGCUGGCUACCUCGCGUAGCCACAGAAAAUAAGAAUUCGUAUCUUCAGGUCUCUUCUUUCUCCUAUGACUACUUCUAAUCCCUAUCCCUAGUCCGUAUGGACAAGCACGGGCGACGCCCUCACGAGUACGCAUAUCAGUGGGGCUUCAUGGCAGCGUACAAUAUCAUCAAGAAAGAAGCACAGAAGCGUGGCUUUGCGCAUCGCAUAGUUUGGCCAGAUGAAGUAGAUAUGGUGAUAAAUCCAGACAAAAGAGACGCUAAGAGUGCAGCAUGGCUGAACGAGCAGGUGGUACAUGAAAAGGAAGAAGCAUCUCCCAUGAAAUUUUCGGCAUUUGCGGAUGUAACAGCCGCAUUAGAAGUACAGAACGAGAUUAAGGAUACAAAGUUUUUAGCUUCUGCGAAGAAAAAGGAACAACAGAAGGAUUCGAAAGACAAAACUGGUGAACAACAAAUAAUCCAAGUCAAACAAGAGCAGGGUAAUGCUAGUACGACUACAACAGCGAAGGACGAGAACGUUGUGGACGAAAAGAUCAAAGUUACAACUAAACAAGAACAGCAUGUUGACACUUCUACUGCAGGAGCAGAUAUUAUGCCAUGCCUGCUCAAGAACUACCUGCCAGCGUCGCACCAAAAUCUAACAACGUGUUCUUCAUUUUUCAAACUUCUGGAGAACAAAACCGAUGAGGAAAAGGCAAGUCUCGAAUCUCUCUUCGGACCUGGCUGUCAGGGCCGCCAGCGCAGUGCGGAGUGGACGAAAGAAAAUCCACUCUGGGACACGGAUCCGCGCUACAAGUAUGGAUCGAGCAACCCUGUGAAAAAGGAAGACUUCGUGCUGGAGAAAGUGUACUUUUUGUUCUUUCGUUCUUGCAGCAGAGUAGAGGCACCACCUUUGAACUACUUGAUUACGAGGAUCGUUUUAUCAUUUACAUUUUCAUAAUCGUGAUUUCGUUCGUUUUCCCUCUGAAUCUUAGUCUUCUCCCUUCAUACAAUACUUUUGUCCAAUUAUAGCUUUCCUUUGUGAAACAUGAAUUCAGGGUGAUUCCUCCCUCUGUGCCUUCCUGGAACGUCGCACAGAAAAUCAAGAAAAAGAAGUUGAAAAUGCUAGAAAACCUGGUGCAAAAAGUAGCGGCGGAAAAGGACAUCAAUCUCAUGAAGUGGUUCCGGAACGAUGCAGCGAAACAGAAGUGCCUCAAGGAGCAAGCUGAAGCUAAUAAAGCUAGAGCUGCAUUAGAGAUGAAGGAGGACAAGGAGCAAAACAAGAAAAUGUUGAAAAACAAAACCACUAGUGCAUCUGCUGCUACUGGAGAUGAACAAGUUGUAGAGUUAAGGCUGCCGUUGAAGCAUCCUCAGCGCCAUCCUUGGCCUCCUUUUCAAGGGGAAAUGCGGCUCAAGGAUGGGCUCAGGGAUGCGACGCGGUAGCUCUAAUAGAGAGGCUUCUUCCUGCUGAAGAUGGUGGUCAGAAUACAACAUCUUCAUCUAAAAAGUCAGAAGAUGAUAGUACAACAGCACAAAAACUCGUCGUAGCACUGCCUUACGACGACAUUUCUGGAUACGAAGACGCAAAGAAAGCAACACGAACCGCGCGGAAAGAGAAGGAAGCUAAGCAGGAGGAAGAGAGGGCCAAAAUGGUUCAGGAUCGCCAAAUCCGUAUCAAGGAGCAAUUGGAAUACAGGAAGAACACGUACUAUUUAACUACUUAAAAGAUUUUUUCCUCUUUCUAAUCCUUGUUUCAAGUCAUUUUUUAGAUUCGCCGUUGUUGUGUUAAGAUGAUGACCAUCUUGUUUCGUUGCUUUGAUUGCAUAACCUUCAUCAUGCCGACUACUUGUAUGAAACCAAAAACCUCAGGCCUUCCCUGAAAGAGCGCCUACUCGAUCCUUCAGCCUUAGAACCGGACGAGGCUUGCUUAGCUCGUAUGGAGCCUUUACGUGAAACCUUAAAACUCGGCAACAUUGAGGAGAUGGCAAAUUAAGGUCAACAUUUAGUGUCCAUCUUUCUCGGCAUCUUGGUACCCUUUUCCCUUGUAUUCUCAUGAAAUACAAGGGACAAGGUGUCAAGAUGAGGGGGCCGAGAUGCAAUCUAGCAGACUCUAAGCAAAGAGGUACAUCGUUGAGGGUGCUCCGAUUCCUCCUACCCAUACGCGAAUCGUGCCUCCCGACACUCUGAAGACCGACGUAGGUCGUCGAAACUGGAAGGGCUUUUACGCACGUUUCAAGAAGAAGCCUUGCGCUUACCAGUUCAUGGCCAAAGGGCACCCUGCGAACAUGAAGAAUCUAGACCGUUUGCCUCAUGGCGCAGCUCGUGCCGUUCAAGGCUUGCCUAUCAUACCCGAAUGGCAAUGGGACAACCAUAAUCCACAAGACUACUCUUAUGAAAAAUAGAGUACUCGUACUAGUAGAAGAAGUACUCCUGUCGUUUUCUUCUAAAAAGUGAUUUUUGCAGCUUUACUUUACUAUCAUUCGCUUGUUCUACUUCUAACUCUGACCCAAAAAAUUGCUUGCUGAGUGGAGAUUCGAUCCGUCUGCACGUGAAGGCCAAGAUUUUGAAGAAGUCGUCCAGCGUAACUUGGCUAGAGUGGCUUUAUACUACGACGAUUCGCAGGUCUCGAGAGCCGCACUGAUUACGGCGUAAUGACGUUGUCUGACUCCUUGAUAUUGUUUAGUCUCCCAGAUAGUACAUGUAAGACUAUGUGAGACUCAUGCCAUGCCAUUUCCAUGACGGUAACUCAGCUCCCAGGAGGACUGAACCAGAUGUAAGUAGAUAGAUGACCAGCAUCGAACAGAGGACCUCCUAGGCUUAGCAAGAAGGUCGGUGCAACAUCAUCUUCAAGGACUAUAAUCCUCUUCCAAAAGUCUCUUCUUCUAAUCAUCGCUGCGACGGUGGCGGCAAAAAAGGGCGUGAGAAGACUGAAGCUGAGAAUACUGGUAAUCCAUUGCCCAAGUUGGAAGGAGAGGCUGGCAACCCUACCGGAUGCGGUGGCAUAGCACAGCUGUAUCCCAGAACUGAGUGGCCUCAUAAAGCAUGGCAAGAACCAAUUUUUCCGGAAGGUUUCAAACUACCGCCUAAGGCGGGUGAUGAGCCGCCAGCGAAGAAGCAGAAGACGUCUAUUAAGGAUGCUUGCUGUAGAGCUACAACAAGGUUUUAAUCAAGACGAAGUACUACGUCAUCUGGAGGAAAAAUUACAGUUGUAGAGUCAUGUCAAGGACAAGUUCUCAAGAACAACACACACAAACGCUCUAUGUUUUGAGUUGCAGUUUACAGUCAGCGUUACCUCAAGUAGUGCAUACUGUUCUUACUUCUAAGAUGAAGAGCUCCAAACCCAAAGACAAAGCUGCAGACUCUUCACCAGAUGAAGAUGCACAGGGCGGAAGCAAAAAGACUGAUAAAAAUCCGAAGACCAAAGGAGCUAAAGUGGAGGCAAAGGAAAAAGAAGAGCCGCCAUCGAAAAAGCAAAAAACCACUGGAAAAGACGCAAAGGUUGAUGUUAAGACAAAACGGACUUACAUGUGAGUCAGCAUCCACUUCCAAAAGGCUCUUACUCUCUCUUCUACUCCUGAAAUAAUAGCAAUACUCUGAAUUUAAGCUUCCUUUCUAAGGCGAACGAGACAGUCGUCGAUGAGGACAAGACGUCGAAGAGCAAAGCUGCAACUGGUAAAAAAGCAGCUGCGAAAGCCGUCGAAAAGGAGAAUGCCAAGGAGAAAACUACUUCUAGUUCAGCAAAGGACAAGGAAAAGACAACUACCACUUCUUCUAAGAAGGAAGAAAAAACUGCUACUUCGACAAGCAGCAGCAGUAAGAACGCCUCCUCAUCCAAGGAUAAAAAGGAUGCAACAACAAGCAAGAGGAGCGACGCGGCGACGCCAGCCCGCGGUAAGAAGUCUAGCGAUACUACCACGAAAGGAGCUGCGAAAACACCGGGAAAGCCGACGCCGGGACGAGGUGCAGCUAAAACACCAGGAAAAACAGUCAAGAAGUGAGAGUUGUAGCCUCUUGCUUCUUAACAAUUGCCACUACGAGGCAUGGUUCAGACAGUCAGAGUAAGUACAAUUAAGGGUAGGUUAAAGGUGCUUUUCUUACCGCUUUUUAUGCCUCUCCUAAGGGAGAAAGACAUAACAAGCGGGGUAAGCGAGCACCAAAAACCUACCUCUAAUACAACACUCGAGUAGAAGGACUAGAAGAAAUCAUAGUCGUCUUCAAGUAGACAUGCCAGACCAGUACACUAUAUUCACCUGCUGAUAUCGAUACCGUGGUGCUGGAGGCGAAAAUGAAGAUGCAGAGAUUUUCAUCGAGUUCGUAGGUGUACUAGCGCAAAAGUGAAUCUUGCUUACAGAUACAAACAGGUCUAUGCAUGUAGAAAUCAAUGUGGUUUUGUUUUGCUAGCGCUGGGAGCGAAGUAGCAUGAGAGUAAGUUUUUGCUAUCUUCUACUAGUACUACGAGUUGUUUUGAUGACCGGUUCGUGCUACAUAUCAAUUUCACAAAUCUAAAUACAAUUUCAUUCAUCCAAAACCAAAUCCAAAAUUUCAAGAUUUUGCUUUCACAACAAACUGUUUCACUUUCAGCAUGUAUUCUAAUAGCAAUGGUGCUGGUGACUGAUUAAUUCACUGGUAAUAAAAACAAAAAAAGAUCUAAAUUCCAAAAAUUUUGUUUUUAUCGCCAACAAAUCGAAUCAAUUCAUUUCCUGAUGUGCAGCUUUCCAAUUUAUUGCAUUCUGGAGAUGCGCACGACGUUUCCAGACUGGUUUUCUGCUUCAGCUUUUAGUCUUCAUUCGCAUAGUAAAUAUGAUGUGAGGAAUUAUAGGUAUAAGAAAGUAUGAAUUAUGGAGGUACCAUAGGACACAUAUUUUUGAUAUCGUGCCUUUUUUUUGAGAAAUUUCAGAAUUUAGAUAAAAUUCCUAGAAAGAUUCAAAAACAAAAGUGCUGCAUUUUGGUUGUUAUGUCUCUUCUUAUUCCUCUCAGUACAUAGUAGUAGGUUCUGGUACACACACACUUGAGGUAGGUAUUGUCAGCAUUUCUUGAGAAUGAUCGAUCGAGUAUUUUUUUCUCCUCCAUAAUUGAUUCAACAGUAAAUUUUCCAAGACCAAGUCGGUUAGAAGGGGAGACAAGAAGGGGAUACACGUAUAUUUCGUAUCAUGGCGCAUAGCAACAUCAAGAAAUUUCAAUGUUACAAUGUUUUCAACAUACAAAGAUUGGCCGUCUUUGAAUAUUCCAAGCCGGAGCAGAUACUCUUUCUGGUGUCGAGAAAACCGAUCGAAAUUUGAUAGCCCUGUGCAGCUAUGGG